AUGGACCAGGGCUAUCUGAGAAACGAGGUUGAUAGUAAACCGUUCGAAGAUGGUACUAAUUACAGGAGCGUGGUUGGCGCGCUUCUCUAUGUGGCGGUGUGUGCACGAACGGAUAUUGCUACGAGUGUUGGAAUUCUUGGUAGAAAGCUGAGUGCCCCGACGAAUGCUGAUUGGAUUGCAGCGAAACGUGUGGUGCGAUACCUGAAAGGUACCAAAGAUUGGCGAUUGAAGCUUGGAGAUAAGGAGACUGAUGAGUUGGUGGCUUAUUCGGAUUCCGACUGGGCAGGAGAUAUAGGUACGAGAAAAUCGACUACGGGUUACGUUGUGUUUUACUGCGGAGGAGCUAUUUGCUGGGCGAGUUGUCGGCAGAAUUGUGUUACGCUAUCAACGAUGGAAGCUGAGUACGUUGCGUUGGCUGAAACUUGUCAAGAAGUCGUGUGGCUAAGACGUUUACUCGAGGAUAUUGGAGAAAAACAAGUUAGACCUACAGUUGUGUAUGAGCAGCAAGCGUUCGAAGCAUAUCGAAACUAA